UCUGGAUUUCUUUGAGUUUGUAUGCUUAUCCUCGGGAUUUCUUCGAUAACCUGCAAACUGUGUUCCGAUACUCGUAAGUAGUACUGUGCACCGCACACGAUCACGAAAUGGCUCAUCGGCAGGAGAUCAUCAUAGAGCUGUACUCAGUGCACUGCGAUAAAUGCAGGUCCAAAGCUAUGCAGAUCGCAGCCACAGCCGAUGGUUCGGUAAAUUCGGUGAAGAUACAAGGAAUGGACAGGGACCAACUGGCGGUGGUUGGGGUAGGGAUCGAUUCGACAAGUCUGACCCAAUCCCUGAGAAAAAAGUUCCGGCAUGCUAAUAUACUGAGCGUUCGGCCAAUCACAUCGUCACCAGGAAGAAGCAGCUGGAGCAGUCAAUAUGAAUCAUAUGAUCAUUACAACACGUUCCCUUCAAUGGGCUAUCAACAACACCAUCAAUGCCCGGCUCCUUCGUAUUAUAGUAGCUGCCCUCGCGUGUACACAGAGGCUUAUGAUUCGAGCGCAAGUAACUGUAUUGUCAUGUGAGAAAGAUCUGUUGUCUCAAUGUAAAUUUGUAUGUGAAAUGUUUUUGUGUGAAUGUAAUUUGUGGUUUGUUUAUAGUUUA